GGAACGCGGCGGUCGUCACAUAACAAAGUUUCACAAAAUAACACCCACAUGUGUGUGCAUGUACAUGUACACUCAUGCAUACACGCGUACACCUACAUGCGUAGAGAAUUUUCCAACUGAAGGUUUCGCUAUAAGAAAUGCUCUAAUUAUAAUUCUCCAUCGAUUCGAAAUCAGGAAUCGCAGUUAGGCCCAGUUUAUCAAAUUAACAAAAAGCAAUCGGAAUUAAAUUGCAGCUUUUCUGUUGUGUAAAAAGUCCAGAAAAGAGAACUAUACUAUCCGGAAACAUUUGUGUACCUGUGUACGUUUUAAAAAUGUAUCGAGUUGCACAAAGUGGGGCGAAGCUCGCCUCGCGGCUCUCGUGAUGAUGUAGUUUUCGAGUCAGCAUCCAUUUAAGUUAAACUUUGAUGAUAACUGAAGUGGAAUCUCCAACCAUUUGCUAUUGACAACUGUGGCCCGAGAAGCUUUUUAAGGAAUGGAAUCAAUUAACGAAAUCAUUGAUUCCCAGACAUUUAGCCAGGAACUGGUGGACGAGGCCAAUGAGUUCAUUACCGUUGGACACCAGAACCAGCACCAAGAGGCCGACUCCGAGUCCGAGUCACACAGUCUACAUGGUGUCAGCAAUGAGACCCUUGCCAUGACCAUGCAGUCAAUGAUGUCCUCGGCGGACGGCGCUGGCGAGGAGGAGCCCAGUUCUGUUGUGAUGGUCAUUGAUGAAAUCGGGCACAGCAGUGUGCAGACAGCGUAUCAGAUUGUGCCUCACCAGCUACAGAUACAGGGUAGGAACUUGCCACUUCCAUUGUCGUUGCUCCAACACCAGCACCCGCAUCAGCACCAGCACCAGCACCAGGGCCACCACCAGGCCCAGCACCAGCACCAGCAGCGACAGGAGCGGAUGAUCGCCAGUAGCCCAGUGGACUUUGUUGGCUCGGAUAUUAGCUUGGACGGACUGACAGUGAACUCGGUGCUGUCCCAAGGGGUAUCUGUCAAGCAGGAGCACAAGCUUCUUAUAGUGCGUCGAGAUCACGGUUUCAGCCAGGUUAGGAAUGCGCCUCAAGCCAGCAAACGCCAUAAUAUGGAUGGAGACGUUUCGAACGUCGGUGUUGGAAUAAUGGAUGAGCUUUCGUCAGACGGCUUAGCCUGCGAGGAGGAAGAAGUCACACUGAACCAACAUCACCAACAUCAACAGCUACUAGAACAGCAGCAUCAGUACGGUCAUUUAACGCACCAUCAAACUCAUGGCCAAGUACAUCAAAAUCUGCACCAUCGAUCAGCCCAGCUGGGACUAGGACACAAUGGAAGCGUUCACAGCGAGGUUUUAUCGGUCAUUGUACAGUCGCACGAAGACGACAAGGAUGUGGAUGGGGAUGCGGAAGAAGACGACGACGACGAUCGAGACUCCGGUGGACGCGGUCAAUUACUCAGUCCUGUAUUGGAGCACAGCUCAUAUCAAACGUUAACAUCGGUCAAUGAUCGCAUAUCACCGCCCGGUUUUAGUCCAACCUCGUACGCCACUCUGACACCCAUCCAACCACUUCCGCCCAUAUCGACGAUGUCCGAAAAGUUCGCCUACUCAGGCCACAUCUCCGGAGGGGGAGCAGGAGGAGGAGGUGGAGGAGGGGGAGGAGGGGGAGGAGGGGGAGGAGUAGCAGAAGGCACAACCAACUCAUCCGGCAGCGGUGCAGAGACCGGUACUGUCAGUAGUGGUAAUGUCAGCUCUUCUGGUUGCAGCAACAACGAUUGCAGCUCAUUCUCAAGCCUCCCCAUGCCGAUGGGCAGUGGCCACCUUGGGCUGAGUGGAUUAUCUGGAGUACAGUCGCCGUAUUCCUCCUACGAUAAGUUGCCCUCGAUGAUUUCUCCGCCCCCACACAAUUACUCCGGUUCUCCAUCCCACGGGCUCACGGGCAUGGUAGUCUCGUGCGACCUGCAUACGCACAGUUCCUCAGUGUCAGUGCCUUCCCCAGUAACUGGUGGAUGUGUGACUCUUUCCCCGCAUUCGGAUUCCCCUCAGUUGCAGAUAGGAGUCAACGUCAACGGCCAAAAGAGAGACGCAGUGACUACCCACGGACAUAGCCAUGGACAUGGACAUGGACAUGGACAAGGACACGGUCAUGGUCACGGACACGGACUCCAGCUGGUACCCGUAACUCUGCAGAAGCAGGUGAUAUGCCUCUCUCCGACCGGUGUUAUAGGGGACAGUGUGGUUGUGAGUGAUUAUGAGUCAUCCUAUAGCGGGCAUCACCAUGACCAUGAGCUGAUAAUGGCCACGUCCUCGUCGACAAGUUCCACGGCCGGACUUCAGCAUAGUCCAACACUCAGUCCCCACUCAGUUUCCGCCGGCUCAGUUGUUUCCAUGUCCCUACACUCGCCCACAUCGGUCGUCACCUUGCCUAACAUAAAUGGCUCGAUACAAAGUCUCACAGCCGACAUGCCUGUUGUUGUCUCUCUAACUCCUACACCUCCACCUGGGACGGAUGAUGGGGCUGCAGGCAUGAGAAUGAGCGACGAUCCAAGUCAACGACAUCAACAUCAACACUUCCUACACAAAAGCCAAGAUAUUAGUGGCGAUCAGUGCAACCCUCACGCACAGGCCAACACAAGCCAUCAACAGGCCCAGUCUCAUCAGAAUGGUUACCAGAACGUGCAACAGCAGCAGCUGUCAAAAUCAAAUUCCCCAAAAUCCAACCCAGGCACUAGUGGAGGCGGAAGCCGAACCAGCAGUGCAAGUGAUAUGGAAGAGAUUAACACAAAAGAGCUGGCUCAACGUAUCUCGGCUGAACUGAAGAGAUACAGCAUUCCACAGGCAAUCUUCGCACAGCGCGUCCUUUGCCGCUCCCAGGGAACACUAUCUGAUCUGUUGCGCAACCCAAAGCCAUGGUCAAAGCUAAAGUCCGGACGAGAAACGUUCCGCAGGAUGUUCAAAUGGCUGCAGGAGCCAGAGUUCCAACGUAUGUCCGCUUUGCGGAUGGCUGCUGCCCAAAUACCACAACGUACACCGAUUUCAGUGGCCAUGGCAUCGGUAUCGGUAUCGACAGGGCCAGGGGCAGGGGCAGGGGCGGCAACUUCGACCAUAACGGCUACAGACUCGUCACCGUCACCGGCUAUAGCCAUGCCCACGAUGACGGCAAACGCUUUGCUCAGUGGAUCUUCGUCCGCCUCUUCUUCGAGCGGUUCCGUUGCCAGUAUUGUCAAUUGUCGUCGCAAGGAGGAACCGCAGAUCGAGCAAAUGCCGCAGCCAAAGAAGCCUCGUCUGGUUUUUACCGACCUUCAGCGACGCACUCUUCAAGCAAUUUUUAAAGAAACCAAGAGGCCUUCAAAGGAGAUGCAAGUAACGAUUGCUCGGCAGCUGGGCCUGGAGCCCACCACCGUGGGUAAUUUCUUUAUGAACGCUCGUCGUCGAUCCAUGGACAAGUGGCGCGAUGACGAUACCAAGAAUGCAAUGCAUUCGAUGCAGAACCGUCAGCAACAACAGGAUCACAACCAAAAUCCAAGCAAUAAUUUAUCACAUGCAAGCUACGCAAAUAUCCAUACGACAGCGAUGUCGCCCAUUGGGGCCUUUGAUGACGAGGCUGAUAUGGAAUUGGAGCUGGAAAGUCACGACUUUGACUUAGUUGACGAACAUGGGGAUAACAGUGACGAUCAGGGCGAUAUGUUGUGA